AUGCAGGACAGACGCACAUUCACCAGAGCCUUCUCCACACCGAGGUGUCUGGCCGCAGCUGCGCCGGCGGCGGGGAAAGCGAAAUUAACGCACCCGGGGAAAGCGAUCCUGGCCGGUGGACUUGCAGGUGGUAUAGAAAUCUGCAUCACCUUCCCAACAGAGUACGUCAAGACCCAGUUACAGCUGGAUGAGAAGGCCAAUCCACCGAAAUACAGAGGAGUAGGUGACUGUGUGAAGCAGACGGUUCAGGGUCAUGGUGUUAAAGGUCUUUACAGAGGACUCAGCUCACUGGUGUACGGCUCCAUACCCAAAUCUGCUGUCAGGUUCGGGGUGUUCGAGUUCCUCAGUAACCAUGCGAAGGAUGAGUCCGGUCGCCUGGAUAGCACCAAAGGCCUGCUGUGUGGGCUCGGAGCCGGGGUGCUGGAGGCCAUCCUGGUCGUCUGUCCCAUGGAAACUGUCAAGGUUAAAUUCAUUCACGACCAGACUUCAGCCAACCCCAAAUACAGAGGAUUCUUCCACGGAGUCCGAGAGAUCGUCAGAGUGCAGGGAAUAAGAGGAACGUAUCAGGGUCUCACUGCCACGGUCCUCAAGCAAGGCUCCAACCAGGCCAUUCGUUUCUAUGUGAUGACCUCCCUCAAAAACUGGUACAAAGGUGAUAACCCCAACAAAACCAUCAACCCCCUGUUGACUGGAGCCUUUGGAGCCACAGCAGGAGCAGCCAGUGUGUUUGGGAACACGCCGCUAGAUGUCAUCAAGACUCGGAUGCAGGGUCUUGAAGCACAUAAAUAUAAAAGCACGUGGGACUGCGCCGUGAAGAUCCUGAGACACGAGGGCUUGGCAGCUUUUUAUAAAGGGACGGUUCCUCGUCUGGGCCGCGUGUGUCUGGACGUGGCCAUCGUUUUCAUCAUCUAUGAGGAGGUGGUGAAGGCCCUGAACACGGUCUGGAAGACGGACUGA